AUGUAUCCAGGUUCAGUGGCGCUUUUGAAUUGGUUGCUUAGUGGUAGUCUGCUGUCAGCAAGGAAUCUCAUGGUUUCGGCUAAGAAUGGACAGAGGGCGUGGCUCAGAAGUGUUGAAGGUGAUUUGAUUGAUACGAUGUUUAUACGAGGAGAAGACGACACCCCUGAGGAGAGGCAUAGGACUCUUAUAAUUGGUUGUGAAGGUAAUGCUGGCUACUACGAGAUAGGCAUAGCCAACACUCCAUCUCAGUUGGGAUAUUCUGUUCUUGGAUGGAACCAGCCAGGUUUUGGCCAGAGCUCAGGCUUGCCUUUCCCGAAGAACGUACUGGCUGGUGCUGACGCUGUGAUGCAGUAUGCUAUAAAUGUACUUGGCUUUCGAGAAGAAGACAUCGUGUUGUUUGGAUGGUCCAUUGGCGGUUUUCCUGCAAGUUGGUUGGCGGCUAACUAUCCAAAGGUCAAAGGUGUCAUUCUUGAUGCUGUUUUCGACGAUGUCCUUCCUCUGGCUCAAGCUCGAAUGCCAAAGUUUCUUGGCGACGUGGUGGAAGUCGCUGUGCGGACACACUUUGAUCUGGAUAUACAGGCUAUACUCGCUCACUAUAAAGGUCCAGUCAAGCUUAUUCGUCGUUUGCAAGAAGAAAUCUUGAUCACUGAUGAGACUGGUACAGAGGCGGAUCGUCGCGCUAGUAAUCGAGCGAACUUUUUGCUGAAGAAACUUCUGAAACAACGGCAUCCGACAUUGAUAGAUGGUUUAGAAUCUCAGGUUUGUUUAUAUAUGAAGGUUGGAAGUUUAGUUAUUGCGAUGUAUCAGAGGGGUUUUGUUUUCUUUUUUAGUAUGGGUUAGAA